AUGGAGCCAGAUGACUGUGCACGGGAGUGCGGCAGAGCGCCGUUGGCGGCGAACGCGGCAAUGACGAUGACGGCAUGCCCGUCGGGGGCGUGCGAGAAUGCUGCGCGAAGCGUGGCGGCGCGCACGUACCCAACCACACCUGCAAAAGAGAAGACGAGUGGCCACAAGCAGUGCGAGGCCCAGCAGGGCCAACGGAGUACGCUGGGCGACGGCGGAGCGAGGGAAGCCGCGUACUUGGCUGAGGGAUGGAUGCCCGUUGUGGAAGCAACCACACGGAAGGGACUGCGGCGGAUAACACCGCACGCUCCCCAUUUUGCCCCGUGCAGCGGCAACGUCAGUUGUGCCCAACGCCGGCUGCACACGGCAGCACCAGCCGCCGUCAGCGUGGAUAGGUGUCCGAUUGCGACGGCGCUCGAGGAGCAGCCACCCUACCGAAUACCGUGGGAGAGGUUCAAAUUGAAGUCACAACGGUACAAACCGCUUGUCUCGUUGAGGGCAAGCACCGCGGCACCGUCGAGGCGUGAAGGCCACGGGGUUCACGUGUCUCAGUCAUGUCGAAGCACUCUCACCACGCAAAGCGUUGAUAUCGAUGCGGCAGGCCUCCGAGGCUGCGUUGAGACGUUGCCUGACCCUCAGCCAGUGGAGGAGGUGCCGCAGGGGUCUGAGCCGGGUGAGUGCGCACCGGCAGCAUCAACGGAAGGGGCACGCCUGCCGCAGCUCGUGGCCUCGGAGGAGUCUGCGCCUCGCGCCACGGAGGCCGUGAGGUCCGAGCAAUCAGCAUCUAGGGAGGUCGCAAAUGUUCCGGCUGCUGAGAAGAGUGCUGGGGUUGCUGUUGCGUUCGCUGACGCUGGGCUACCAGCCGCUGCCGUUAACGCUCUGCCUCUCUCGACUGCCGAUCAUUGUCCCACCCACGUUGUGUAUGUGGUGGCGGCGCGGGCGCUGUUGCAGGAGCAGCACUACCUGGAAAAGGUGAAAGGAGUCCUCGAGGAAUGUCUUGGGGCGCUGCACGAUCUCCCACCUGAGGCGGCAGAAGUGGAGAUCUCAGCGUUGCCAGGGAGUGAGAAGGAGGGGGCUGUGGCGCUGCGUCAGCUAAAGCCGGUCUGGCACACCAGGCCGGAGCGGCCGCACUUGUCUGGACGUCAGGGGGUGAAGGACGAGAGGAGGGUGCUGUACACUGCGCUUGGAGACGCCGUUGUGCGAUGUGCAUGGAGCGGGAGCGUGUGA